CCCGGUCUCGACUCUCCAGGUGAAAGUGGCGCCUGUUGGAUCCGAGCGGGGCGGCGGCGGCGGCGAUCGGGCAUUUCCGGCUGCCUGCCUGAGCCAGACGCUUUCGGGCUCCGGGAGGGAGGGGGAGAAGGGCACGAAAUGAACGGCUCCCAGGAGGAGAGGCAGCUGCAGUUGAUCAGCAGCCUGAAAGACCAAGCUAUUGGUGAAUAUGAAGAUCUACGGGAAAAAAAUAAGAAAACAAGAGAAGAGUGCAACAAAAUUAAACAGGAGAGAGAUGAAGCGGUCAAACAGCUGGAAGAGCUGCAGAAAGUUUCUCACAUGGUUAUCGAGGAAGUCAGCUGCAUACAGAACCACCUUGAAAUUGAGAAGACAUGUCGUGAAAGUGCAGAAGCUCUUGCCACUAAGCUGAACAAGGAAAACAAGACCCUGAAAAGAAUCAGCAUGUUGUAUAUGGCAAAACUGGGGCCAGAUAUUAUUACUGAAGAAAUUAACAUUGAUGAUGAAGAAUCAUCUACAGAUGUGGAAGGCAGCUCUGGUACGUGUGACUCAGUGCAGUACCAGCAGGUGAUAAAAGAUCUGCGAGAUCAAAUGAUAUCUCUUCAAGAGGAAAAGAAGGCCAUUGCCAUUGAACUGGAAAACCUGAAGAUCAAAUUUGUGGAAGCAAUUGUAGAAGUGAAUAAAGUGAAAGAAGAAAAUACAGUCCUGAAAUCAGAAGUUAAUCAACAGCAAAAAGUCUUGGAAAAAUGUAACCGAAUGUCUGUACUGGCAGUAGAAGAAUAUGAAGAACUACAGGUCAACUUUGAACUGGAGCAAAACUUGCGGAAAUGAGCGGAGUCCUUUGCACAAGAGAUGUUUAUUGAACAAAAUAAGCUGAAACGGCAAAGCCAACUUCUCCUGCAAAACUCUGGUGCUGACGAACAGCUUAUGAAAGCUCUGGAUGAAAAUGCAAAGCUAAACCAAAUUCUGGAGGAAGAGAGGUUACAACACCAUCAAAAAGUUGAACAAUUAGAGCAACAGCUAGCCAACGAGAUCCUGCAUAAGGAAAUCAAGUCCCUUAAACAACAGCUGGAACUUUUAGAAGAAGAAAAAAAAGAAUUAGAAGAAAAGUGUCAGAGUGCUGAAGAACAAGUUAGGAACCUAAAGCACUCAGUUGAUGAACUUCAAAAAAGAAUACAACAAUCAGAAAACCCACUUCCACCCCCACCUCCACCACUGCCACCUCCACUUCCUCCGCCUCCCAAUCCAAUCAGGUCCCUCAUGUCAAUGAUUCGUAAGAAAUCUCAUCCAAACAGCAUCAUGACCAAGAAAGAAAAGAUACCAUCUCUGCAUGAAUCAGGAGAAGUAAUAGAUCUGAAAAGACAAGCUGUGGAAGAAAUGAUGGAUAGAAUUAAAAAGGGUGUUCACCUUAGACCUGUUAAUCAGUCCAAUCGUUCCAAGACAAAGCCAGAACUGCCCAAACCCACAGAGAAUGCAGUGAAGGAGCUAAAGGGAAUUCUGGAAACACUGAACACAUCUGCAAGUUCAAGAAGCCUAAAAUCCCUUGAUACUUACAGUAAUGAAACAGAAUUAGAAAGAAUUCUACGUCUCAGAAAGGUGACAACUGAUCAAGACAGUAGCAUUUUAGGUCCUGCUGGAAUCUUGGCUGCUUCAGAAUCCAAAUCCAUGCCAGUAUUGGGUUCAAUUGGAACACAGUCCAGUUUGAACAAGAAAAAUCUAGUGGAGGAAUUCAGUCCCAGUUCUUCAGGAUCAGAUGAAAAGUGUCCUGAAAUGAUCCAAAGUACAAGUUCCACGGAUGUCAUUCAGUUACCAAGCAAUGUGGGACUUGAGCACAAGGUUGCUCUUACAGAAAGGCAAGAAGAAUCCACAGUGCUGCUGAAUCCUGAGAAAACCAAAGAUCAAAUCCCUAAACAUGUGGAUCAAGGCCAGAUGACUAACGAAGAAACUCAACAGCUUUGUAAAGAUACUGGUAUUGGAAAAACAAAAGAAAGAGACAGCUCUCACUGCUAAUUGAUGUACUAAAAGGCAAUGACUUCUGGAAGUUCCUUUCAAUGGUUGUUAAUUGGUUUGUUUAUGUAUACAGGAAAGGGCUAUAUUGUGUACUUUCUGGCGUGUCUGUGAUUGUUUAUAGAAUUAGCCUUGAUUCUGUACAGUCCAGAGUUUCACUUUGGGCGACUUAGCAAACUGUUUUUGUCCCCCUCCCCCCAAAAAUGCUUAUUUCUUAAAUUAUGCAAAGUAUCAAAAAUUAUUUUGAUAAUCUCAUUUUGCAAUAAUGACUUAGGGUUUGAUCCAAAAGGUUUGAUCAUUUGAAAGAACAGAUCAAACCUUCAUUAGGUAAUUGCAGAAAUGUACUUGUGCUACUGAAAGGGGCAACCAUCAAUCAUUUUUAGCAAACAAUCAUUUCUUAAUGAACACUAGGAUUGCUAGCUAAUAAAAUAAAUCUUUGACUUCA